AUGGCCGGGGAGCGGGCACUACUCGCGGCUCGCCAGGGCGAUUUGGAGGCGCUGAAGGCGCUGCUGCCUCCGGCGGCCGAGCGGGGGGUCCCGCUGCUGCCCCCCGCCGCCCCCCGGGACCCCCUGGGCGCCUCGCCCGUCCACCACGCCGCCCGCGCCGGGAAACUGCGCUGCUUGCGCUACCUGGUGGAGGAUGCCGCGCUGGAUGCGCAGGGGCGGGCGCGCAACGGGGCCACCCCGGCCCACGACGCCGCCGCCACCGGCCACCUGGCCUGCCUGCAGUGGCUGCUCGGGCCCGGCGGCUGCCACGUCCAGGAUGCAGAUCAUUCGGGGGCUACCGUCCUGCACCUGGCGGCCCGCUUCGGCCACCACGACGUCAUCGACUGGCUCUUGCGCUUCGGGGGCGGCGACCCGCUGGUGCCCACCGAGACGGGCGCGCUGCCCGUCCAUUACGCUGCCACCAAAGGAGAUUUCCCUUCCCUGCAGCUGAUCCUCGGACACUGUCCCAGUUCGGUCAACGCCCAAACCAAGAACGGUGCCACCCCGCUGUAUUUAGCCUGCCAAGAGGGUCACUUGGAGAUUGUCCAGUAUUUGGUCAAGGAGUGUAAGGCUGACCCUCACCUACGCGCCAACGAUGGCAUGACGCCCCUCCACGCCGCGGCUCAGAUGGGCCACAACACCGUCAUUGUCUGGCUGAUGAGUUUCACCGAUGUGAACCUGUCGGAGCAGGACGAAGACGGGGCCACGCCGAUGCAUUUCGCGGCCAGCCGGGGCCACGCCAAAGUCCUGAGUUGGCUGCUCUUGCACGGAGGGGAGAUCGUGGUGGACCAGUGGGGGGGAACCCCCUUGCACGACGCCGCGGAGAACGGGGAGCUGGAGUGCUGUCAGAUCCUCGUGGUUAACGGCGUUGACCUCGGCCUCCGCGACCGAGACGGCUGCACCGCCGCGGACCUUGCCGACUACAACGGCCACUCGCAAUGCGCCAAGUACCUGCGGACGGUGGAGAACAUGAGUGUGGAGCACCGAGUGUUGUCCCGAGACCCCUCGGCCGACACAGAACUCAAACAGCCAGAUUCCGGCUUGUCCUCUCCCCACACCACCGUCUCAGCCCCCCAGACCCAUUUCGACAUGGGGUCUCCGAGCAGCAUCUUCUCCAACUACGAUUCCUCGCACUCGAGUCAGUCCAGCACGGGGGAGAAGAGGAAUUACACAGGGCCGCGGGUCCCCGAAACUGCGCUCACCAAUAUGCAGACCUAUAUGGACAUGCUAAAUCCAGAGCUGGCCCCGGGUCCCGCAAAGACAGGGAGGCAAACUUCUCCGCCCCCACCUCCCAAUUUCCCGGCGCCUUCUCCCCCUUCCCGCCCCCAGGGCCUCCCCCCACCGCCAGGCUACCCGGCGCCGAACCCCCCCGAAAUGCCGCACACCGCAGAGAUUUACGUCCAAGCCAAAAAUAACCUUCGACAUGUGGACAGUGAAACCCUCAAACAAGAGGUAAGGGAUUUAAGGGGAGGGUGGGAGGGGCUUAGAUGCCCCAGGGGGAUUCUGGGACUUGAAUCUGAGUUUCUUUUGCAAAAAAACCAACAACUGCAACGGACGGAUUCCAGCAGGAGAUCCAGAAGAUUCAGCAAACAGCCGAGUACGGGGGAUUACUACAAACGUCUGGAUAACGGCGGAGGUGGAGAGCAGAACAGGAGAACAUCCAGGAUGGCCCAUAGUGAGGAGGCUUCGCUUCUCUCCAGCGAGAAAGUGCACAAUGGAAGCGCAGCGGAGAAGACGCCCACCGGAGAGGCCCCUCCGCCCCCUCCACCCCUCCCCGAGGGGGGCUGCUCCCCGCCUCCCCCUCCUCCCCUGCCUGUGGAGCACACACCCCCCUCAACCAGCCAGCGAAGGUCCUCUUCUUCCACCGGAAGCACCAAAUCUUUUAACAUGAUGUCCCCAACGGCUGACAAUUCGGAGCUGCUAGCCGAAAUCAAAGCCGGGAAGAGUUUGAAGCCAACCCCUCAGAGUAAGGGAUUCACCACCAUCUUCUCCGGCUCUGGCCAAGUGGGCACCAACGUUGAUUUCCCUACAGCUUCCUCGUCUCCCGCAGAGACGCCAACGCCCCCCUCUACUCCCGAGGAAGCCUCUGGAUUCAGAGCGUCCGGCUCGCCCAAGCCGGAGAUCAACGGUUCUAUGAUCCCUUUCGGGACGGGCCACGCGGACCUGGAGGGCCUGAUCCCCACGCACGAUGAGCAGGCGAGGCCCAUCCCAGAGUGGAAACGACAAGUGAUGCUGCGUAAGCUACAGCUGAAGAUCCAGGAAGAGGAAGAGCAGAGGCGCAAGGAAAGAGAAGACGAGGCGCGUCUGGCUGGCAUGCCAGCUUGGAGAAGAGACAUUUUCCGGAAAAAGAUGGAAGAGGAGAGGAGACAGAGGAGACGGGAGGAAGAAAAACUGCGACAGAUCGAGGAAGAGAAGGAGAAGGAACAAGCGGAAAAACUAAAGACUCUCGGCUUUGACGAGAACAAACUGACGCCGUGGCAAAGGCAGAUUAUCCUCAAAAAAGGAGACAUGGCGAAAUAUUAA